GUAUACUUAAUUAGCUGGCGCUAAAAUUUAAACAAGGUUUCUUCUUCAGCUGUCUCCCCUCCUCCUCUCUCUAGCUCUCCAUCCCAAUGACUAGUGUGGAAGACCCAACCCUUGAGAGACAUUUCAAGGGUCAUAAAGACACAGUGACCAGUGUGGCCUUCAACCCAAACAUGAAACAGUUGGCUACUGGAUCAAUGGAUUCAUCACUAAUGAUUUGGCAUUUUAAACCUCAAUCAAGAGCAUAUCGUUUCGUUGGACACAAAGAUGCUAUAUAUUCUGUUGAUUUCUCACCGUCCGGUCAUCUUGUAGCAUCGGCUUCAAGAGAUAAAACAGUUAGACUAUGGAUACCAAGCAUUAAAGGUGAGUCUACUGUAUUUAAGGCUCACACUGCUUCAGUACGUCAUGUUCAAUUUUCACUUGAUGGCCAAUCAUUAUUAACAGCAUCUGAUGAUAAAACUAUUAAGGUAUGGAUGGUGCAUAGACAGAAAUACCAGUUCACAUUGAGUGGUCACACUAACUGGGUCCGUUGUGCCAAGUUCUCACCAGAUAGUAGACUGAUUGCAUCAUCCAGCGACGAUAAAACUGUCAAACUAUGGGAUAGACUUAGCAAAGGAUGUAUACACACCUUUCAUGAACAGAAUGGGUUUGCUAGUACAGUUGCAUUUCAUCCUGAUGGUAACUGCAUUGGCAUUGGUACUACUGAUAGCUCCAUUAAGAUAUGGGACAUAAGAGUCAACAGAUUAUUACAAUACUAUCAAGCACACAGUAAUUCAGUGAAUGGAAUAUGCUUUCAUUCAUCAGGAAACUAUCUACUAUCAGCCUCAAGUGACAAUACAUUAAAAAUAUUUGAUCUGAUUGAAGGAAGACCAUAUUACACUCUUCAUGGACACAAGGCUGCUGCUAUGGAUGUGGACUUUUCACCAUCAGGAGAUUUCUUUGCUUCAGUUGGAGCUGAUGAACAAGUUUUAGUUUGGAAGACUAACUUUGAUUCUAUAGACUCAAAUGAAGUAUUGAAGAAUAACAUAAGAAGUCAAGUCGGUAGCAGUAUACCAUAUCACAAACACGACCCACCUCCAUCAUCUACCUCUCAUUCAUAUGCACACGAACUCAAUCCUUUAAAAGGACCCAGAGAUAACAUGCAGCCUAAUCCAGGAGUCAUUAAUAUAGCUCCACAAUUAUUUCAUUCACCACAACAGCAAAGACAACCCUCCCCUUCUCCUCCCCCUCCUCCUCCUCCUCUUUUACACUCUCACACAGAGAGAGAAGAUCCCUCUUAUCAUGAUAGUACACGUCACACUGCACCAUUAGAGCCAUUGUCAAUGCCACCACAGUUAGCUAACGCACUUGAACAUAUUGUAUCUCAAUUGGACAUACUAACACAGACUGUGUCAAUAUUAGAGCAGAGGCUAACAAUGACAGAGAAUAAGUUAAAGGAAUGUAUUGAUAAUCAGCAAAGAAUAACAUUACAAAUACAACCAGAUACAUAAUAUAUGCAUACAAACACACCCACAUGCACACAUAUAAAAUUUAAAUAUAUACCAGUACUGUGGUUUACCUAUA